UUCCUUUUUUUAAGUGCCGAAAAGAAGAGCGGUUGAAAUUAAGCGAAUGCAAGCAACAGAAAGCAGUAACAAAGAAUCCCAAUUCAUUCAGUGUGUUCCAAAUUGUUCGCCUCCAAAACCGCCCUCUCACAUCCAUACAUACAUUAUAUUCAUUAUAUUUUGCCUACAAGCUUAGGCACCUACUCCAUCCAAUCCACUAUUUGAAUUUCAUACCAUAUUGUAUAUUGUAAUAUAUUUCUUGGCGGUGAUUAAAUACUAACCUAUCUUAGUUACACGAAAUUAAAGCAGUGCAUGCUUUGUUGUCGCAUUCUAUUUUAAUAGUAAUAACAAUAUAAAGUUAAUUUGUUGCAACAUUUUAGGUGUGCCUUAAUAUCCAUUCUCCCCUGCCUCUGCAGGGGGCGAUCACCAUCCCAUCUGUGUCUUGGAAACUAAUCGAUAAUGGAAGCAAAUCUUGAGGCGAAGGACGGCAGUGGCACUCCGCGUCGAAAGAGGAUGCUCUCCAUUAAGGGCGCUCUCUCAAGAAUUAAGAGGAAGAAGCUUGGAGGCUCCACCAGAUCCCUUAGCAGCCUCAGCCAAUCUCCUUUUGAUGGUGACGGUACCCUCAAGAUUCCGUCCAGAAGCAACAACACAGACUUCUUCGCCGACGACUCCUCCUAUUCGCCGUCUCCGUCCAGCAGCAGCCGCUAUUCUUCCAACCAGGCGCUGAACGAGAUGGUGCAGGGCGACGACGACGGCGAGAUCAAGCAGGACAAUGUGGUUGCUGUUUCUCUUGAGGAUGGUGAUUCGAUGAUUGAUGCUAAGGCUGAUGAGUUCAUUGCUCAAUUCUACAGGCAGAUGAGGUUGCAGCGCAUGGAUCACAUGGAUCCUCUCUACAGGGAGCGCAGCCACAGAUCCUUGGGAUGGUGAUCCAUCUUCAAUCAAACAACACAAACAAUAUUUAUGUUAUUGGGGAAAUUCAAGUUUCAUUUGGAUAUAUUAGCAAAGCUAGCGGCGUGUUUGUUUGUGUGUGUGAAGAUGAAAUGGAGAGACAAGCAUGCAUACCAUGGAACUAUCUGUAAUAUUAGGGCGGAGAAGAAACAAAUGAAUCAAAAUUAUUGUGUUAUUUAUUUGUUUCCUUACUGUGAAGGAAAUGCCAUGGGUAAGUAUUAUUUACCAUGAUCUGUGAUGUUCCUUUCUGGGCCAGUUUUCAAAAUAACUAGAUUAAUGUCCAUUCUUAGAAGAAGGAACAAUGCCCCAACCCAGAGAGAGAGGAACUGUGUACACUAACAUAAUGUGUUUGGACAAAUAAGAUUCAGAAC